GGAGGGUUGCGUUGUGUUGGGUACUUGUCAAAAAUUUUCAUAUCUCUCUGAGUCUCUCUCUUCAUUUUGGUUGGAACAACCCUCUUUGUUCUCUUCCCUUGUCUUUUCGUUUUCUCGUCUCAAACGAGUUAAAGGACAAAGGAAACCACAACCAACACGUAUAGACAGAGGAAUCCUAGUUCCUUUCUGGGAACGACGGAUCCUCCAUUCAUGCAGAGUACCCCUCAACAGGUAUUUCUCUUCAAAUUGAGGUGGUUGUGGCAGGCACAUAUAUCUAACACUUUGAUGGACUCCAUGUUAUAAUCAAUCGUAGGUUCUAAUUUCUUCCCAGGGGGAUCAAUUUUAGACACACUUCCUAAUCCUUUUUUGUGGUGAAAUAAAAGAAAGUCAAAAUGUUGGCUGGAUUAGUGAAGAAGAUCGCCUCCACCACAAUGGGGAGCUGUGCCUCAAAUCCAAAUAGAAAAGCCAGUGGUCACAAGAGAAGAAAACACAAGUCCGGCAAACGCAGAGGAAAUAUUCCCACAUCACUUCCUGAGAUGCCUUUGAAAAGGGUAAGCAAUGCUGGAAGCCUUGUGGGAGAUUUCAAUCUCAGUGACUUUGUUAACCUGGACUUUGAGAAUGGUGCUUCAGCCCCCUGCAGAAGAUCAGAGGUUUCAAAUAUGAAGUUUCAUUUAACACAGCUUCAAUACCACAGUCAAAUUGAUGCAAACGGAAAAUAUCAAGAAGAAGCAUGGUUUGAUUCAGUUAGCAUUAUAGAAUCUGAUUCAGAUGAUGACUUCAGCAGUGUGCAUGGAGAUUGUUUUCCCUUUGCCAGCAAUGCUUUGGCAAGUGGCCCAAAUCAGGUUGUUCAGUAUGAAACUGCAUCUUGCUUUUAUGAGAGCUACCUCAAAAUAGAUGGAAGUAACUGUAAGAAUGGGGAGAAAACUCAAGAAACCAACUCAAAACAAUCAACAGUUAUCAUGCUUUCUGUUAAAAGGUCAUCAAUUGAUGGAUAUGACAAGAUGACCGAAUCCUGUUCAUCAGAGAAAUUUCUUUAUCGUCCCAAGGCAGGGCAUCAAAUCCCAGGUUCAACUCAAGAAAAACCAUCACCUGGUACAUGGUCUGUGAUUACACCAUCAGUGUUCAAGCUUCGUGGUGAAAACUUUUUCAGAGAUAAGCAGAAGAGCCCUGCUCGCGAAAUCUGUCCUUACGUACCAAUAGGUGUUGAUUUAUUCUCCUGUCCGAAGAAGAUAAACCACAUUGCUAGGUAUAUUGAACUUCCAUCUGUCACAGAAAAUGAGAAAUUACCUUCCCUCCUCAUUGUUAAUAUACAGCUGCCAACAUAUGCUGCUAGCGUGUUCCUUGGUGAUGCCAAUGGGGAAGGCUUGAGUCUUGUACUGUAUUUUAAAUUGUCUGAGGAUUUUGAGAAUGAGAUCUCACAAAAUUUUCGGAGCAUGAUUAAGAGAUUUAUGGAUGAUGAGAUGGAAAAGGUGAAAGGGUAUACAAAGGAAAGCAUGGUUCCCUACAGGGAGAGGCUAAAAAUUUUGGCUGGUGUUGUUAAUCCAGAGGACCUUAACCUGUAUUCUACAGAGAAAAAGCUUAUAAAUGCUUACAAUGGCAAGCCUGUGUUAUCACGUCCUCAGCACGAGUUCUACAAGGGACCUAACUACUUUGAGAUAGAUCUGGAUAUACAUCGCUUUAGCUACAUAUCAAGGAAAGGACUUGAUUCACUCAGAGACCGUGUAAAGCUUGGAAUACUUGAUGUUGGCCUAACUAUCCAGGCACAAAAGCAAGAGGAACUUCCUGAGGAGGUGUUGUGCUGCUUAAGAUUGAACAAAAUUGAUUUUGUUAACCAUGGUCAAAUUCCUACCCUUGUGACUCUUGAGAAUAACUCAAGUUGAUGGAUGAAGGAGAAAACUUAAAGAAAAUAAGUUUGGUUGAUAGAUUCAAAGAGUGGGGUGCCAAAUCUAUUUAAUUAACAAGGGAAGUGAAAAAAAAAGGAAGAAGAGGAGCAAACUUGAAGAUUCAUUUUUUAAAAUUAUUAUUUAUGAGAUGAUGCUAUCAAAGUCCUAUAUGUUUAACUUUGCAUGACAAUUAUCUUCCUGUGUUAUUGUGAGGAAGGCUAAUUAAAAAUUGUAAUUGGGAUAUUCUUUUAGGAGAAAAGAAAAAUGUUUUCUAACAUUUUAGUUUGUAAGUUUAAUUUCUCUUUAAAGUUUAUUCUAUAUAAGAAGGU